AUGGAACAUUCAAGAAUGUUACGUUCCGGCAAGUCGACGCCCGUAACAGACGCCACGCCACAGUCGGGCCAAACGGGCUCGACGGAAACAGAAACGUGGAGUAAAGGCACCGGCACAGAAGAGUCGUCCGUAGUAAAUGUCCCCUCGGACCGAGCGAGUAGUCGAUUGUCCGUAUUAAAAGCCGAAUUAGAGUUGCAUAAUUCCGAGUUAGCACAGGCUAGGGCGGCGUCCGCAGCUGCCUUAAGUCGUUCGGAGAUAGCCAGAAUAGAACUGGAAAGCUCCAACGGCGCGGAACCGCCUAAUGUUGAAAAGUCUCGUGUUGAAGGAUGGAUCUCGGAUCAGCACAUAUUUAGUAGGCUGGAAAUAGGAAACAACGCUCAAACCUCGGGACAGCCCAUACGGCCACUUGGAGCGAGUAGGAGCGAACCACGCGUAGACGCGAACACGUCGCAUAAUAAUGUUAAAGACAUGACGAUGCUAGCCAACGCGAUAGUGCAAGCGGUUAACUCCAACAAAUCUAGCUCAGCGGUACCAAAGUACAUUCACGAACUGCCCCAUUUUGACGGGACAAUAGCGGAGUGGAUGUCAUUUAAGGCGGUCUAUAAUGACACGGAGGACUAG